AUGGAAAACCCACCACUCCCGACAGAGAUCUUGUACCAGAUUUUCGAGCACUUCUGUCUACAUUGUCAGGAGAAAGGUUCCGUCUCCCACGAAAGGAUCUUAUGUAAUAAGAAGGAUGAGAACCGCUGGGCUCUCCUCAGCCUUAGCAGGACAUGUAAGAGCUGGGGAUGUGUUGCACAGAAUAUCCUUCAUCACUACUUCAAACAUUCGGAUGAUAAGCAUCAGAUCAGUUUCUGCAGGACAAUUUGCGAGAAUCCAGAGCUUGGCAAUCAGUUACAAGUGGCCAUCCUCGGGCUAAACGCAGGCAUCGACCAGAAGUUAUUUGCCAACUCUUAUUGGUUCAAGGAAUCCAUGACUAGGUAUGGGCACUUGCUUGGGAUAAGUCCGCUCUACCUGCAGAGCUCUGUUGCCUCAUGGGGAGAUUUUAUCGCACCGAUUAUCCUACUUCGAGCUACCAACCUCAAGCAUCUCGUCGUUCACGGCCCUUAUAAUCCAUUGAUCUUCUACAGAUUCAGUAUGGAAGCCGUCAUACGGAACAAAGCUCUGAGUACGAAACUCGAGUCUCUUUCGGUAGGGCAGCAGGACAUAGCCUCCCUCGGGGAUCUGCAACCAAAGGUUCCAACAGAUCUAAAUACUUUCGGGGGACUUCUCAUAAGACUGGAAAACCUCGUGACGCUUUCCAUAUCGCGACCUGACCUCGAAAGUCUCCCAGAGAAACUCCCACUCCAGAAGCUGCGAAGGCUUCGGAUAGGUAAUGCGUGCCUGUCAAAGAACAGUCUGCAGAGACUCAUCAACAGCACAGAAAACCUGGAGGCGUUUGUUUAUAGGGAGAUUGAAUACGCCGAUAGAUCACAAACCACCAGACUUGUUACAUCUAAGGAGAUCUUUGAGAUGCUUUUACCCAUGAAAGAUACACUCAAGAGAGUCGUUAUGAGGAUGUACAGCUCAGAACGCCCCCCUGCUGCCAUGGCUCAGCUAGUCAAGCUGCAACAGUUACGAGUCAACGCAGGAGUAUUGUGCGAUAUCUCCACCAUGAGAUAUCAUCGUUUGGACUUUGUAAAGGAUGCCCUGCUCAAUGUGUUCCCACCGAAUCUACAGACGCUGUGCCUCGAUCAUAGCCACACGGACGCACCUCGAUAUCGAGAGGCUUUGGGGUGUUACAUAUCGUCUACCUACAGAGAAUCUCCUCAGGAGCAAAAGCUAAGAGAGGUGACUCUUCAUUUCGUGGACAAAGCCUAUCCAAAUCCAGCCCCGUGGACACCGCCUGGUGUACGGCCAACAAACGCAGAUGAAGAGGAGUUACUCCGCAGAGAAUGUUGCCCAUUAUGGCUUGAGAAUGGGCGUAUAACUACCACGACAGAACCGUUCUUAUGGUAUAGCUGCGAUAAGGUCGGUGAAAACACAAUGUUACCACAUGUAUAA